GCCUUCUGUGUUUCUCUUUUGCGCCCACGCCCUCGUUUUCCUCUUCUAUGCCCUACCGGCGGACCAUCUCCCCCGCCACCUCUUUCCGCCGGAUCCGUCGCCCUCUACCUCUCUUAUCUAUUCUUUCACUUCCCGGGUCUUCCCGACAGAGCCACCUUUUCCCCCUUCCUCGCUCUUCCCACCCGCUCCACCACCGCCUUCUUGCUCGACUCUCUUCCUCCUCCUCCUCCCCCCCAAGCCAUCCGCUUUCUUCCAACCCCUCUCCCUCGAAUCCUUUACUUAGAUCUGAUGUAUUGUCCCUCCUAAAUCGCAUAUGAGUUAUUCUGUGCUGAGGCCUGAGUUUGUCUUUUCUUCGAACGCCUUGUGACCACAAGGAACUGACAUGGAAGGCGACCAAAAUGCUUCGACGGCUGAUUGCGCCGAAGCCGUCGACAUCGGUGGUAACGCUGAAGAAUGCCCGGUCAAGCAGAGAUGUCAGGAACAGAGGGAAGCACUUCCAGGAGAGCCCCGGUGUGUUAUUUGUGGUCGCUAUGGUGAGUACAUAUGUGAUCUCACUGAUGACGACAUAUGCAGCAUAGAAUGCAAAACAAUUCUUCUAUCUAGGCAUGAAAAAGCUCAUAAUCCAGCACCGAAACUCACUCAUCAUGUGAAGAUUCCUAUCAAGGACGAGUGCUUUUAUGUUAGAGAUAAUGAUAGAGGUGGGUCAGGAGGCGUAACCUCUAUUCAGAUUGACUCCUUGAGAAGCAAAAUUGGGCUUUGCGUAAAAGGAGUAAAAGGAGCAUCCAUUCCUGCCCCCGUGUUAUCCUUCUCUUCCUGUGAUCUUCCUGAAAAGCUCGAAAACAAUCUUGAAACUGCUGGCUAUGUGAUACCUACACCGAUCCAGAUGCAAGCCAUACCUGCAGCACUGGAUAACAGAAAUUUGCUUGUCUCUGCUGACACCGGGUCUGGAAAGACAGCUUCAUUUCUAGUUCCUGUAAUUUCUCGUUGCUCCGGAAUCCGAUUGCGGUGUGUCACCGAGCUGAGAAAUCCAUUGGCAAUGGUUCUUGCUCCCACCAGAGAGCUGUGUAUUCAGGUGGAGAAGGAAGCCAAGAUACUAGGAAAGGGUUUACCUUUUAAAACUGCUCUCGUGGUUGGUGGAGAUCCCUUGGCUGGGCAAGUCUAUCGAAUUCAAAAUGGUGUAGAAUUAAUUGUUGGCACCCCUGGAAGGCUGAUAGAUCUUUUAACCAAGCAUGAUAUUGAGCUCAACGAGGUAUCUGUUCUGGUUUUAGACGAGGUGGACUGCAUUAUGCAGAGAGGUUUCCGGGAUCAAGUGAUGCAAAUAGUUCAAGCUCUUUCACAGCCUCAAGUAUUGAUGUUCUCUGCAACUGUCUCUCGAGAGGUUGAGAGAAUGGCCAGCUCGAUAGCUAAGCAUAUAAUAUGUAUCUCUGCAGGGAACCCCAGCACACCCAGCAGCUCGGUGAAGCAGGUUAUCAUUUGGGUGGAAUCUAAGAAGAAGAAACAGAAGCUUUUUGAGAUACUAAUGAGCAAGCAGCACUUCAAACCACCUGUGGUAGUGUUUGUGGGUUCGAGACUAGGAGCGGAUCUUUUGUCCGAGGCAAUAUGUACUGCCACUGGAAUAAAAGCUCUUUCGAUUCAUGGCGAGAAGACAAUGAAGGAGAGGAGAGAAAGCUUGCAGCUGUUUUUAACAGGAGAGGUCUCCAUCCUCGUCUCGACAGGAGUUUUGGGACGCGGAGUGGACCUGUUAAAGGUACACCAAGUGAUAAUUUUUGACAUGCCGAAUUCGAUGGAGGAGUACGUUCAUCAGGUAGGAAGGGCAUCUAGAAUGGGAGAGGAGGGCACAGCAAUUUCCUUUGUGAAUGAGGAGGACAAGAAGCUAUUCCGGGAACUUGUCCAAAACCUGAAAUCCAUUGGAGCUGCUAUUCCAAGGGAGCUUGCUAAUUCAAAAUAUUUGGGUGCUUACCCAUCUAGCCAUCAAAAGAAGAGGAAAUUUGGUUCUUAAAUGUGCUUACCUUUUUUCACGACACGAAAGUGAAUAAUUGCAACUUGUGUGUAUGAUUCUAAUGGUGCUGACAGAAGAAAUGGUGCAUGUUGAUUGUAGAUUCACCUUUUCCUUUGUAGAUCUACUUAAUUUGUAUUCAUUUACUAGAUUUCUUGUACACAAAGUUGAAAGCAGCUUCUAUUUUGUUUGCAGAAAUUCUAUGUACAUCUAAGUCAGCAUUCCUUUGAUUUGUGAUACCUAGUGUUUUUUUUUCUUUCAAAUGAUAAGGGUUGUAGAUGGGAUUCGAGCCUAAUAUCUUACGAUAUAUUGCUAGGUUUUAUCAACUAAGAGUUAAAAGUUAGUUGGUAUAUUUAAAAAUGUCGGAAUAAGAUUUAAACCAAAAAUUUUUUAUAAGUAAAUCUAGAAUUAGCAUUUAAAAUAUAAAAUACAUCAGAUGAGAUUUUAAAUUUUUUAUAUAUUAUCAUCAUAUUAAUAUUUAAGAUGUAAAAAUAUAUUUUUAAUAAGUGAGUUUAUCAUACCAUCAUCAAAAUAACAUUUAAUGUAUAAAAUUUUAAAUACUUAAUUUUAAAAGGAAUUGAUAUACUAUUACUAAGGUAGAAAAUAUAAUAAGGGCAGAGACUGCAAGCUUUUCUUUCCCAUGUAACAUAGACUCUCCUUUCUUGAUUAGUUGCCUGUAGAGACCUACCCGCACUCACAUUGGAGCGAUCCACGAGUCUCCAAUGGGGCCCACCUAGUGGCAUGUGGGGCUCACACGAUUUGGUCCCCGUUCUGUGGCCAAGGAAGCGGGAAGAGGUGCACGUGUGGCAGGGUCAAAUCGCUGAGGACUCGGUCGGUCCCCACUCGGGGCAACUCGUACCGCUUCGACGUGUCCCUCGCUAUAUGACUCUGAUCCCCCGGACUCGGUCCCCACCCGGGUCAACUCGUUCACCCGUACAGCUUCUACGCGUUGCUAUGGUAAUUCGAUUAAAGGGAAAGUAUUUAACCCCUUGUUUUAAAGAUCGACCAGCAACUCAUUUGGGGUUUCCUUCCUUUCGUUGCAUAGGCCUCGUUUCCUUUCUCUCUCUUCCUCGAUUAGUAUCGAGAUAGCUCAGAGAGAUAAAGAUAUGGAAGGUCGACCGGGUUUCGCGGCUAACAGCUUGACCCGACCCUCGAUAAUUAUCGGACUCGGACCUCCCGAAGCUACUCGCCCUCCGCCCGUUCCUUCCCACGGGUCCCAGAACCUUCGAAUCUCCAAGUUCCAGAAUCGACAGAAGAGGAGAGAGAUCCACGACUGGCUCACCUUGGCGAUCGCCGAUGAUGAGAGCGAGGGUUUGGCGCGGGAUUUGAUCGGAUGGUCCGAAAGAAGACGCGUCGCGGCGCCUCGCCCCUGCCGCCGCCGACGAUGCCGAAGACCGCGGCCGCGGCGGCUGCCAAGGCGACCAUGGCCCCGGUGCCCUCUGCGCGGAGGCAGCCGGUGAUCCUGAAGCAGCCCACGCAGCCGCGGGCCCGGUGUGCGGAGAUGGCCGGGGGCACGGCGGCGGACUGCUUGGCGGUGUGCUGCUGCCCCCCCCUCGCGCUGGUGAACCUCCUGGUGGUGGCGUCGGUGCGGCUGCCGGCCGGGCUCUGCCGCCGGGCAGCGCGGGCGCGGGCGAGACGGAAGGAGAGGAUCAGGAGGCGGAAGGAGGCGGCGCUGUUGGCUCACAAGGCCGGCCGAGGAGGAGAAAGGGCGAGUUCGGCCACGACCGCCGAGGGGGAGUCGAACGGUGAGGGUUUUCGUGGGUCUGGGUCGGCGUCGGCGGCGGGGGGGCCGUCACGGGAGGAGGUGGCGGAGAUGGAGAACAUGUGGACUCAGUUCUCCAACAUGGGCUUCUGGCGAAGCCCGUCUGAAAGAGAGGAUCGACGCUAACCGUUACGAUAGCGAUUCCACCGCGUCCUCUCUUCCAACGACCAACGGCGACGCCCUUCUCUCUCUCUUAUUGACUGUUGUGGAGAUGACAUGACGAUAGUUCGAGUUUCACGUGCAGAGGAUUGUGUGUUUGUUGUGGAGAUGUCGUGACGAGUGUUCGGUUUUAAUGUGCACAGAUACGUGGUUGGAUUAUUUCA